AUGACUACGCACAACGACGAAAGAAGUGAAGAGCUUAGUAAUGUCACUACUGUGGGGGAUGGAGGCCAGGAACGCGUUGAUGGAAUUGUCCCCUUGAUGAGUGGCUGUAAUAAUCCACCAGAGAAAGAUUGCGGGGAUCCUAUUGAACCAAUUAACGUUGCCAGCUCUGAUGCCCAGACUGAAAUUGAAUCUGAGGAUCUCAUCAUUGAAACAAUCAAAGCGAUGAAAAUUCCCGCCAAUGAACUCGUAAUCUACCGUUUGUUUCAACAUUUCGAAAAAGAGAUCAGAGAUAUAAUCCAAAGAUGUAAUCAUGAAACUUCUACUGAAAAAUUCAUAUGGAAGGUCUUCGAAGAAUGUUACAAAGAAGCUGUCAGUGCUUCCGGUACUCUCAACGCUCACGACUUUGUCGACCAUUUGAAGGAUUCAUCGUGGAUAUGGUUUCUUGAUCCCGAUUUUGCGAGCCAAGAUCAUGCUGGGCAUUACAAAGGAGAACGAUCAUGGGUAUACUUUUGGGUCACAAUCUUAGAAUUACCGUCUGUAGGACCUACACUGUUUUAUCCCCAAAACAGCAGCGAUAUCGACCUCAGCAGCCCAAACACUACACCGCCGUACCUGUUUCGAGUUUUUGACUGGAAAAGCUCUGGAAAAAACGAUGAAGAAGUCAUGGCAUCUUCGGAAUAUGCCUCUCAAACCCAAACAAGCGUCGUAAAUGACUUGCUGGACAUGGAGAACCUGAAGGCGACAAGAUUACUAUCUUACCAUAUUGGUGAUAAGUGGACUCGCAAGAAUGACGACCAAGACAACUUGGUGUCUUGGACUAAUUCACUACUUUAUGCUGUGCAAUAUGCAACAUAUAGACAGCAUCGCCUGUCACUCCUUAAUACCGACAUCAAGAUAUGUAUGGUACAAACCAGUCAGUUUCCUCAAGGACAAUUUGUCCGCGACAUCGAGCUGCUCAAAAAAUACCUUCCCAUUGCUAAUAACUUGGGCGGAGAAGUAAAGAGAGUUUUCAAUCGCCGUCUGUGUAAGCAAGAAUUCUACAAUGGCGAGUACUUCUCGCAAGGAGUGGUGAACCACGCAGGUCGGUCCUGUAUAGUUUCUCUGAAGCAACUGGAAGAUGCUGGUAUCUUCAGAUUGUAUCCAGAAUUGAAGAACCCCAAAGAUUCUAGUGGUUAUAUUCGAAAUGCAAUACGAGUAUGCGAUCUACGUCGAGAAUGGUCUGAGGAGCAGACAACAACCGAAGAGGAGAUCUCAUAUGCGCUCAAUAUUGCACAGGAAUGCUUCGAAGGCUUUGACGCAAGCGACAUAGCUUGCAUACUGUUAGGGUUUAGGAAUCGUAAACUAUCAGAUAAAACCAAGCUUACCAUCAAUUCUGCUCCGUCGUGGGCCAACAAACCGGUUGAAGUCGGUCGAUAUUGGCAGGCAUUGGAUAUAUUCAAGCAUUUACAAGAAAAUUUGGGACAUAAUGUAGAGAUGCGAAAUAUCUACAGGGUUACCAGCAGUGGUAACAGGAUCAUUAGCCGAUUACAGAAAUAGUGUGCUCUGGUAAAUAAAUUCUUGAGUCUUUUGUC